AUGUCUGCUACUCCAUCUUCGUCUGCUGGUGGCGAGACGAAAGCCGCUGAGCAGGUUCAUUUCCGGUUUUGUCGCGAAUGCUCCAACCUGCUGUACCCAAAAGAAGACCGCGUGAACAAUCGUCUGAUGUUUACCUGCCGAACUUGCCAUGUUGGUGAGCCCGCGAGCACGUACUGCGUGUACCAAAACAAGUUGAAUACCCAAGUCGGAGACACCGCCGGGGUGACUCAGGAUGUGGGAUCUGAUCCGACGCUUCCCCGGUCCAACAAGCUCUGCCCGAGCUGCGGUGAAGCCGAAGCAGUCUUCUUCCAGUCUCAACAGCGAUCUGCAGAGACGGGGAUGAAACUCUACUACGUCUGUUGCGCGUGCGGUAACGUCUUCGUUUGA